AUGCGUCGUCGCGACCUCAUCGAACGAGGCCGCAUCCAGGCGCGCGGCGGUCCUUCCGCCGCGACAAAUCUUGCCGUUCAUGCUCCCGCCCCGCCCCCUGCGGCGGCGCCGGCGCCCCACAGCGCCAAGCGCAGGAAGACCCCGGCGGCCGCGAAGAAGAACGCAUCAUUCGGCAGCCCCAGCGAAGUGCGCAGCCCGCUCGCCGCCAUCAACCUGAACGACUCCCGUUUCAAGGGUCCGACGGUGGGCAGGGCCGGCGGCGGAAGUCCGAGAGUCCGCUCAAACCUCUCCAAGUCGUCCUUCGGCUCCCCUGUCGUGAUCGCGCCGCCGUCCGCGGGACGCGCCCGCGCAAUCGCCCCCGCGCCCUCGCUGAUGCGGGACCUCGGGUUGCAGUCCCCGCGGACCGUGGACAUGAUGGACGCGGAGAUGUCGUACGACGACGACGUGAACUUUGGCGCGCAGGAGUCAUUCGGCGACUGGCUCGCGCGAUGCGGCCUCCGCGGCCCCGCCGACGCGUCCGCGCACGGCUCGCUCAGGAUCUCGCAGUCGCAGCGGGACGAGUUGGAGCACGUGUGGUGCAACGCCGCAGAGGCGGACACGCUUCGACGUUUAGUCGAGAACCUCAAGGACAGCGAGCUCGACAUCGCGCGCAGAGAGCAGCUCGCGAACGGCGCGUGGGCGCACGACUUCGAGGAGGCGACCGCGAAGGCGUGGAGCGGAAAGGUCGAGGCUGCAUCCGCCGCGGAGAUGGCGGCGAAGGCUGAGCUCGACAGGAAGGCCAGGGAGGCGGAGGCUGCCGCCGCGGCCGCCGCCGCCGAGAGAUGCCGGGUGGCAGCCGCGGCGGUGGAGUCCGGUGAGCUCCGCGGUGAGCUCCGCGAGGCCAUGAUGGCGGCGGAGGGGCAGCGACGACGCGCCGAGCGAUUGGAGGCUGACGUCCGCGACGCGUCGGCGGAGUCGGCGGAUCUCGCCUCGCAACUCGCCGACGCGCGCCGCGCGCUAACGGACGCGGAGCAGCGCGCGUCCGCCGCGAACGCGCGCGUCCUCGAGGCCGAGGCGGCGGCGCGGGCCGAGCGCGCCGCGUACGAUUCGUCCGUUACGGCCGUUACGGCGUCGAUGGAGAGCGAACGCGUGGCGGCGGCGGCGAGACUGGAAUCCGCCGUCAGAGACGCGGACGAGGCCAGGGCUGAGACGGCGCAGCUUCGCCGGGAGAUGUCCGCGCGGCUGGAGGCGAUGGGUAAAGACGGCGAGGACGGCAAGGCUGCGCUCCGCGCGGCGAUCGCGGUGCGCGAGAAGGAGGUUGAGCACUCGCGAAGGAGCGCCGGGGAGGCUCAGCGAAUCUCUCGCCAGGCGGAGCUGCGAGUCUCCGAGCUCGAGGGCCAGAUCGGGGAGCUGCGUCGCGUCGCCGAAGCCAGGGUCGCCGAGCUAGAGCGAGAGCUCGGCACCACCGCGGCCGCGCUCGAUGAGGCUCGGCGCGGGAGGGCUGACGCCGAGGAGGCUUCAUCGACGCUCCGCCGCAGAGCCGAGCGUGCCCUCGCCGAGGCCAACGCCAAGGCGGUGGAGGCGCAGGUUAAGCUUCGGCGGGCGGAGCUCGACGCGCAGGCGCGGGCCCGCGAGGCGACGGCGGUGCCCCCGGCGAUGACGCCGCGGUCCGCCGGUGACCUCGAGAUGCUCCUCGCGAACAUGACCAAGGCUCACGCGCAGGCGCUGCAGAGGGCCGAGGCGGCGGAGGGGAAAUCCAGGAGCCUGCACCGGGAGUUGGAGCACACCAAGGCUGCGGCGGAGGAGGCUGGAAAGCGCGUCGCGAGCGCCAUCGACGCGAUGCGCGCGCAGGGGCUGGAGGCUUCCAUUUCGCACCAGGCUUCGAACGAUGACGUUCCCGCGCCGAGCGGCGGGAGCCGGCGCAAGAGCGUCUUGACCCUGGCCCCCACCAUGCAGCGGCUCCACUCGGACCUCGCCAAGGUCACAAAGGAGAAGGAUGAUCUCGAGCGCGAGGUGGCGACGCUCAGAGCGGCGCGCGCGCCUUUACCCGCGAGUCCCGUCCGAGGCGUCGUCGCCGGCGACGAUCACCUCGCGUCGCGACGGGCGGAGGUUGAUAGGCUCGACGCGGCCAUUGCCGAUCGCUCCAGGCAGCUUCGCAAGAUGGAGGCGGCGGCGGCGACUAUGAAAUUCGCGUUUGGGGACAACACCGAGGCGCCCACGAUGUCCGUCGUCUCCGUGUCCCAGCUCCAGCCCGCGCACCAGCAGAGGCGCGCGUCCGACGGGGGUUGCUCCGGUCUCCCCGGCCGGUCGCUGCCCACCCCGAGGACCCGGGCGAGAACGUCCAUUCGGAUCGCGCACGGGUGUCCGAGCGAUGAGUCGGGACGAGACACGCAAGACGCGCCGCGGGAGCCCAGCCCGGGCGCGGAGCUCCGCCGCAGGGCGAUCGCGAUGGGGAUGCGCGCGUCGCCGUUCGCGAAGCGCAAGCGCGCGCCGUGA